CUGCAACCGCUCCUCCUUUUUCUCACUUCCCAAUUGACGUGAUACCCCGCUGAUCCCUCUGUCCUUUUCUUCCUUGUACUCUCUUUAAUUCAACAUUCCUGACAGCCCACAAUGCAGCGCGCAUUGACAAGAGCGUCGGUCUCGUCGCCGCUCGCGGCCGCCCGUGUCCGUUCCACACAGCAGCUUCGCUUCGCCCACAAGGAGCUGAAGUUUGGUGUCGAGGGCCGGGCAGCUCUGCUUAACGGUGUUGAGACCCUUGCCAAGGCGGUGGCCACCACUCUCGGCCCCAAGGGUCGCAAUGUCCUCAUCGAGUCCAGCUUCGGCUCGCCCAAGAUCACCAAGGAUGGUGUGACGGUUGCGAAGGCCAUCAGCCUGAAGGACAAGUUCGAGAACCUCGGCGCUAAGCUCUUGGCCGAUGUGGCCUCCAAGACGAACGAGGUUGCCGGCGACGGUACCACCACUGCGACCGUGCUCGCCCGGGCCAUCUUCUCCGAGACCGUCAAGAACGUGGCCGCCGGCUGCAACCCCAUGGAUCUCCGCCGCGGUAUCCAGGCUGCCGUCGACGCGGUUGUCGAGUACCUCCAGCAGCACAAGCGCGACAUCACCACCAGCGAGGAGAUUGCUCAGGUUGCCACCAUCAGCGCCAAUGGGGAUGACCACAUCGGCAAGCUGAUCGCCAACGCCAUGGAGAAGGUUGGCAAGGAGGGUGUCAUCACCGUCAAGGAGGGCAAGACGAUGCAGGACGAGCUUGAGGUGACCGAGGGCAUGCGCUUCGACCGCGGCUACGUCUCGCCCUACUUCAUCACCGACGCCAAGUCUCAGAAGGUCGAGUUUGAGAAGCCCCUGAUCCUGCUCUCGGAGCAGAAGAUCUCGGCCGCGGUCGACAUCAUCCCCGCGCUCGAGAUCUCCAACAAGCUCCGCCGCCCCCUCGUCAUCAUCGCCGAGGACUUCGAUGGUGAGGCCCUUGCUGUCUGCAUCCUGAACAAGCUCCGUGGCCAGCUUGAGGUCGCCGCCGUCAAGGCUCCGGGCUUCGGUGACAACCGCAAGUCCAUCCUGGGCGAUAUCGCCGUCCUGACGAACGGCACCGUCUUCACCAACGAGCUCGAUGUCAAGCUCGAGAAGAUCACGCCCGACAUGCUCGGCUCGACCGGCUCCAUCACCAUCACCAAGGAGGACACCAUCAUCCUCAACGGCGAGGGCAGCAAGGAUGCGAUCGCCCAGCGCUGCGAGCAGAUCCGCGGCGUCAUGGCCGACCCCAGCACCUCGGAGUACGAGAAGGAGAAGCUGCAGGAGCGCCUGGCGAAGCUCUCGGGCGGUGUUGCCGUCAUCAAGGUCGGCGGUGCCUCCGAGGUCGAGGUCGGCGAGAAGAAGGACCGCUUCGUUGACGCGCUCAACGCCACCCGCGCCGCUGUCGAGGAGGGUAUUCUGCCCGGCGGUGGCACUGCCCUCAUCAAGGCCUCGUGCAAUGCACUCAACAACCUGAAGCCCGCCAACUUCGAUCAGCAGCUCGGUGUCAGCAUCGUCAAGAACGCCAUCACCCGGCCGGCUCGGACGAUUGUCGAGAACGCUGGCCUUGAGGGCUCCGUCAUCAUCGGCAAGCUCAGCGACGAGUAUGCCGCCGACUUCAACAAGGGCUUUGACAGCUCCAAGGGCGAGUACGUCGACAUGAUCCAGGCCGGUAUCCUCGACCCUCUCAAGGUCGUCCGUACCGGUCUGGUCGACGCCAGCGGUGUCGCCUCGCUGCUCGGCACGACCGAGGUUGCCAUCGUCGAGGCUCCCGAGGAGAAGCCGCUCGGCGGUGGCAUGGGCGGCGGCAUGGGCGGCAUGGGCGGCAUGAUGUAAGAACAAAACAGUGAGUGUGUAUAUUUGGCCAUGAUCCUGGGCUGGCUUUGAUUUACGGCGACUGGGGUUGGCGGGCAUACGGUUUGGUGUUAUCGGAUUGUACAAAUGAGCCAUGUAAUCUCUCUCCUCUCUACCCUUUCCUCCCUGUGUUCAUAGCUGCAUAUUCCUCCCCCUAGCCAUAGCGGCGGCAUUGUAUACUACGACCACACGCACACGGGGUUAGUUAGAGUAGAGGAGACGAAAAGACGACGGAUGAUUCCGAACG